UAGGAUGGGGGCUGGAGCGAGCGCCGAGGAGAAACACUCCAGAGAGCUGGAGAAGAAGCUGAAGGAGGAUGCUGACAAGGAUGCAAGAACUGUCAAGCUGCUGCUGCUAGGUGCUGGAGAAUCGGGCAAAAGCACCAUCGUCAAACAGAUGAAAAUUAUCCACAAAGAUGGUUACUCACUUGAAGAAUGCUUGGAGUUCAUUGUCAUCAUCUACAGCAACACCCUGCAGUCCAUCAUGGCCAUUGUGAAAGCCAUGAACACUCUCAACAUUAACUAUGGCCACGCUGAUCAGCAGGAUGACGCCAGGAAACUGAUGCAUCUUGCAGACACCAUUGAGGAAGGCACCAUGCCCAAAGAGAUGGCCGACAUCAUCCUGCGCCUGUGGAAGGACUCUGGCAUACAGGCGUGCUUCGACAGGGCUUCAGAGUACCAACUCAAUGACUCCGCUGGAUACUACCUGAAUGACUUGGAGCGACUGAUCCAGCCGGGCUACGUCCCCACUGAGCAGGACGUGCUGCGAUCCCGAGUGAAGACCACUGGUAUCAUCGAGACCCAGUUCUCCUUCAAAGAUCUCCACUUCAGAAUGUUUGAUGUGGGAGGUCAGAGGUCAGAGAGGAAGAAGUGGAUCCAUUGUUUUGAAGGUGUCACCUGUAUCAUCUUCAUCGCUGCUCUGAGCGCCUACGACAUGGUGCUGGUGGAGGACGACGAAGUGAAUCGAAUGCACGAGAGUCUGCACUUGUUCAACAGUAUCUGCAACCACCGCUACUUCGCCGCCACCUCCAUCGUACUCUUCCUUAACAAGAAAGACGUCUUCGUGGAGAAGAUCAAGAAGGCUCAUCUCAGCAUGUGCUUCCCUGAAUACGAUGGCCCCAACACUUAUGAGGAUGCUGGUAACUACAUCAAAUUACAGUUCUUGGACCUGAACUUGCGUCGAGACAUCAAAGAAAUCUACUCUCACAUGACAUGCGCAACAGACACAGAGAACGUCAAGUUUGUGUUUGACGCCGUAACCGACAUCAUCAUCAAAGAAAACCUGAAGGAUUGUGGUCUCUUCUAAGAGCCACACUGAGGAACCCAAUGGAGGGUGAUGUAACGCUGUAACACUGCACAAAUCCCCUCUUAAUCAAAACUGAGGGCUGAAGAUGAAAACUUUCUCCUCAAACCGGAGAACGCAAAUAAAAUAAAAAUCCAUUUGUUGUGUUCAAAACCAAGUUGUAGCUUUGACCAAAGACUUCGGGUCACCUGAGACCAGAAGACAGCUCUUCAGUCAGUAAAUCCUGUGCAGAUUUCAGAUGAGUUGAAUUUUAGUCAAACUAAGUUUUCUCUUCUUUUUUUAAACUCGUCUUUUGGAGGGCUAUGCAAUUUGUAGACAUCAGAAGCUUCUGUCAGCAUUAAGUGAUUUUUAUCUCUCACAUGUACUAAUGUGAAUAGAUGUCAGCAUAAAAAAGCAUCUUUGCUGCAGUAACUGGUCAGUCAACAGCCAAAAAGCAAACAAAAGGGCCUCACCACCUGCAGACGCACUUCAACCUGUUAGAGAUUUUAAAUGUUAACAAAUAUAAUUUUUAAAUGUUAGAAAAUGUAACUUUUUGCAAUAGUUGAAAAGGCCCAGUGUAUAUAAUUAAACUGUUUUCUGUUGGAUGGUUCAUUUAGUGCGGUGAUACCAUGUGGAUCUGUGGUAGAUGUAAUGUACCUUUUCUAAAGGUUAACUGAAUCUACAGGCCUUUGAGCCAACUAUCCUGUACAAAAAAACACAAUGUAAUCCUUGACUAAACCUAUUAAAGCUUCUGUAGAAAACUGAGUACUUUCCCAUUUUUCACAAAUAAAAACCAUCACAGCAAUGUCUCGUUCAUAAUCUUUAUUAAUCCCACAGAAGG